UUCUCUGCUAUAUAUACACACUCGUCCGAGUACAUAACUCGAUGUAUCAUCCUUCAAAAGCUAUUAAAAGUGACACCAGAAAAAAUGAAAACUGUGAAACAUACAUUUAUAGCAAUGACGAUAUUGCCUAAACCGGUCGAAGAACCAAAAUCCGUGUUUUCUCCAAUCCCGGUUAUAGAUAUCUCUGACCCAGAGUCCAAACACGCCCUGGUAAAAGCCUGUGAAGACUUUGGGUUCUUCAAGGUGAUCAACCAUGGAGUACCCUCGGAGCUAGUAUCUGUUUUGGAACACGAGGCUGUCGAGUUCUUCUCAUUGCCCACGUCCGACAAAAACCAAGUCGCAGGUUAUCCCUUUGGAUACGGGAACGGAAAGAUUGGUCGGAAUGGUGACGUUGGUUGGGUUGAGUACUUGUUGAUGAAUGUCAAUCUUGAUAUCGGUUCGGAUCCGUUCCUUCCGGCUCUCUUGAAUAACCGAGAAACUAUAAGGAACGCAGUGUUGGAGUACACAACAUCAAUGAGGAAAAUGACAUGUGAUGUUUUGGAGAUGAUGACUGAUGGGUUAGGGAUCAAACCGAGGAACACACUUAGCAAGCUUGUCUCUGAUCAAAACAGUGACUCGAAAUUCAGACUUAAUCAUUAUCCACCAUGCCCUCUCAUCAACGAAAAUAUCGAUGGUGGCAACAAUGUGAUAGGUUUUGGAGAACACACUGAUCCUCAAAUCUUAUCUGUCUUAAGGUCUAACAACACUUCUGGUUUCCAAAUCAAUCUAACUAAUGGCUCCUGGAUAUCUGUCCCUUCAGAUCCGUCCUCCUUCUUCUUCAACGUCUGCGACACUCUCCAGGUGUUGACAAAUGGGAGAUUCAAGAGCGUGAAGCAUAGGGUUUUAACGAACAGCAUGACAUCUAGGGUUUCUAUGAUUUACUUUGCUGGACCUUCGUUGACUCAAAGAAUCUCUCCAUUGACUUGUCUUAUGAACAACGAGGACGAGAGUUUGUACGAAGAGUUCACUUGGUCUGAGUAUAAAAGCUCUGCCUACAGCUCUAGGUUGUCUGAUAAUAGGCUUCAGCCAUUUGAAAGGAAACUGUUUCCGUUGAAUGAUUGAUGGGUUACGUUCGUGAUUUAUUGUUCUAAGUGUGCCAUAUAUUAUAAAUGUGUCUUCUUUAAGUUAACGUUAAUUCAAUAAUUGAAAACA